AUGUCUUCAACCGAUGAGAAGGUCCAUCUCUAUUCAGACGGACCGCAUGUCGAAACGCAGAGCCCUCCGCGCAAUCCUUCUCUGCGACGACGUCUCCUCCACCGUCCGAUCCCUGCCAUCUUGUUCCUGGCUGCACUAUGGAUAUGGUUCCGCGCCGUCUUUGUCCAUAGGCACCACUACUGCCCGGACAAAGAUCUCGGAUCUCCAUCGAGUUCAUGGCUGGCUCAAGACAACGUCGAACUCGUUCCGCUCGAGGCUCAUAUAAUGUCGAAGUGCCCCGACGCGAGAGACUGUUUGCAAAUGCUGGUCCUCCCUACCAUGGCCAAUGUGAGCAGCAAAGUCAACUUCACGCUCUCGUAUAUCGGCACCGUGGAUCCCAAAUCUGACGAGGUAUCCUGCAUGCAUGGUCCGGGGGAGUGCUUGGGAAAUAUUAUACAACUAUGUGCUAUCAAGGUCUAUCCCGAUCCCAAGCAGAACCUAGGAUUUGCAAACUGCAUGACGUCCGACUACCAGGAUAUCCCUGAGCGCGAUUUGGUGGAAGAGUGCGCGAUGGAGUACGGGAUUGACUUCGACCAACUGAACGCUUGCAUCAGCGACGAAGGCGAGGGUAUCGACCUCCUCAGGGCCAGCGUCGAACGAAGCCAGCAUCUAGGUGUCCGGAAGAGCUGCACUGUCAGGCUUGAUGACAAGAUUCGUUGCAUUCGAGACGGUGGGGAGUGGUAUGAUUGCGAUGGCGGAAGCGAGGUGGGGGACCUGGUCGCCGACAUCGAGAAGCUGUACUCUGAAUACAACUGA